AUGGCUGACGAGGCUCUAAAAUGCUUGGCGUUUGCCAUCAAACAAAAUUUACAUGGGCAACACCUUGUCAUUAGCGCAACAGUCAAACACUUGAGAGGACAUGUAGAAACCCAUCCAAAAAGGCCUCUUGUGCUCUCGUUUCACGGUCUGUCAGGCACAGGAAAGAAUUUCGUUAGCUCCUUAAUCCACAUCAUAAAGCAACACAUCGUAGCGACAGUUCAAGCAUGUCCUGAAUCUCUCUUCAUUUUUGAUGAAAUGGACAAAAUGCCAAGUGGAAUCAUGGAUGUUGUGAAACCGUUCCUUGAGUAUAACCAACCUGUUGAAGGGACCGACUACAGGAGCUCAAUAUUUCUAUUUUUAAGGUGA